CAAACACGUCGCAGACACGAUGCUGAACAAGGUACUAAAGGCUUGGACUUAUUGCAGCAUGAGCAUCGCUCCGAAAAGUCUUCAGGAUGCACUUUCAUUGAAUUCCAGCACUGGCUCAUCAAGCACUAGUCCAAAUUCCUCAACGCUGAGAAAGCGACUAGUCGGCGAUAGGCACUUAUGGAUGAUACCUUUUAACACGGAUGGCAUUGAACAACCGCCAUUCCCGGCUCGUUCCUUUGACUACGCCGGCUUCGAAAUCACGAUGCCAACUCAACACGGAACCGAUAUCCCGACACCUGAUGAAUCAUCCCCGUUCCAACACUACACCAUCAAGAUGACAAUUCUGAAGAGCCGUGUUUUGCGCCAUCAAUAUGCGUUCGCUGAAGAGGCUCGCGCAGAGCAUCGCCGCUUCAGGGAUCGUACUAUUAUGCAGCUCUACGCUCCAUCGAGUGGGCAACGACUUCCAAGAUCUGCUCAGAUAUUUGCUCAGAGGCAGAACGCGGAUUUGGACGGCAACGGCGACUUUGUGCCACCGGGAGGAUGGAUCUAUCGCGACGACGAGAUGCUCAAAAUGUUGGAGAUGAGGUAUCCGGGGGCUAUGCAAAUUUUUGAGAGGAGAGAAUAG